UAAAAAGGGAAAAGAUUAAAAAAAUCAGACCAAAAUUUGAGGGAAGAGACACUUGGAAGACACAGCCGAGAGAUGCCGGCCGUGACAACCGGCUUAACAGAAAGACAAUUUCAAUGAAGAAAUGCAAAAGCAAAAGCUGGCAUACAGCUAUGGCGGACGGUCCAGAUUAUGCUCUAUUCGAUUUGCUUUACGUUUUUAACCAUGAUGACAAAAACAACAUCUGAAUUUCUACACCCCAGGUAUUCGGCCGUCCGUUUCUAUAUUUCUUAGUCGCACAACAUUCACGAGGUUGGAGAUUUGAUCGGAUCGAAGGGGUACGAGGUAGAUUUAAUUUUCGUUUUAGUACUUCUUUUGCCCGUAUCUAUUUCAAUUAUGUCAUCACUCCUCAGUUCUAUGCGAGAAGUGUUGUAGAGGUCUCUCAUUUAGAUUCUGGAUUGGGGAGUAUCGGCCAUUAUCAUAAGAUUUUAAAGUUUGAGCUCAGUUGUUUGUAGAAGUUCCCUAGGCAUUUUUGAAUUAGGAUGUUAGAGAAGUUUAUGCAAUUGAAAAUAUCCAAGAGAUUCUCAAAGUUUGGUUUGAAAAGAGAAAUCUUGACCGCUGUUGGAAGUUUUCCAACAGCUUUUGGACAUUCAAAUUCUGUAAUCAGGCCAUUCUAGAAGAAAUUGGUGAAUCCUGUGUGUAGUAGCUCUGGAAUUAGUUGGAAUCGCUUAAGCCUCUCUGAAAGAAGCCCUGUAAGCUCGAGGACUGAGAGCUUCUCAAAGCUCAGGGUUUGUGUAGCCGGGCAGAAGUUUUGUUUAACAGCUUUUGGACAUUCCAAUUGUGUAAUCAAGCAAUCCUGUAACCUAAUUGUAGAAGGAAUUGGUCAAGCCUGUGUACUGUAGGUCCUCAAUUAGUUGGAAUUGCUGAAGCCUAUCUGAAAGAAGCCCUGCAGCUCGAGGACUAAGAGAUUCCCAAAGCUUAGGGUUUGUGUACCCGGGAAGAAGUUUUGUUUCUUGGCCGCUGUUGGAAGUUUUCCAACAGGGAGAAUUUCAAUUGGACAUUCCAAUUCUGUAACCAAGCAAUCCUGUAACCUAACUGUAGAAGGAAUUAGUGAAAAGCCUGUGUGUAAUAACUCUGGAAUCAGUUGGAAUCGCUGAAGCAUCUCUGAAAAAAACCCUGCAGCUUGAGGACCAAGAGAUCUGUGUACCUUUACACACGAGGGAAAGAGGGCUUUUUGAGGAAAACCAUCAAUUUUCCAACGGAAGAGAUUUGCGAAAGCUCUUGAGAUUUAAGUAUGGAUAGAUUACUAACAGUUCAGCCCAAGGAGGUUGUGAUCAGAUUCGAACCGGGGCAGAGAUGCUCGGGGUUCGUGGAGCUGAAGAACGUGAUGUACACGAUGCCAGUGGCCUUCAGAGUCCAUCCCCUGCAGCAGAAGAAAUACACAGUCCGACCAUCCUGCGGCAUAAUUUCACCUCUGGGAAAAGCCAGCGUGGAAAUAACAAUGCAGCCGCAGACGGAACUCCCAGAGUUCUUCCCGCAUUCGGACGAUCAGUUCCUGGUCCAGAGCGUCGUCGUGCCCGGAGGGAAGGAGACGGAGACAGUAUCACUCGAGUGGUUCUCUGCGCGCAAAAAGCAAGUGUUCGAAGACAGCGGGCUCAAGGUCAUGUUCACAGGGGGCGCCAUUCUGACCAAGCUUGUAGCAGACGGUUCUGUGGACGAGAUCAGGGAGGUACUGGAGAAAGACGAAGGGACAGUCAAUAGCUGUGACGAGCAGGGCAGGAGCCUGCUCCAUAUGGCCGUGGCGAACCGCAGGCCGGACCUGGUUCAGCUGCUGAUCGAAUUCAAGGUCGACAUGGAAACGCGUAACAAGAAGGGCCAGACGGCCCUGCAUGUUGCUGCGGCAAAGGGGGAGGGGCUUAUUACAGAGCUCCUGUUAGCCAACGGGGCUAAAGUAGGGGCCAAGGAUUUGUCAAGCUGGCAAGCUCUGCACUUCGCUGCUGCAGGGGGGCACGUUGACGUGCUCCGCCUGGUGGUGCUCAAGGGCGCAGAGGAGGUCAAUUCCGUGGUAAGCGACGGGCGUAGCGCGCUCCACAUGGCAGUCGAGGGCGGCCACAGGGACUGCCUCAAGGUCCUAUUGGUCGCCGGUACCAACGUGGACGCCAGGGCGGAUGACGGCGACACACCGCUGCACAAAGCUGCGGCUCGAGGGGAGGGUUCCAUGGUGAGGUUGCUGAUGCAGAAGGGGGCUACAAAGGACAUCCGAAACAAGCACGGGAAGACGUCAUAUGACCUAGCGGUGGACACCGGUGACUCAGCGUUGCUCGACAUGCUGCGCUUAGGCGAUGGACUCCGCAGGGCGGCUCGGCGUGGGGACUUGCGGAGCCUACAAAGGUGCCUUGAACAGGGCGCCGCCAUUAAUGGCAAAGAUCAGCACGGCUGGACGGCACUCCACCGCGCCGCCUUUAAAGGAUGGCUGGAAAUAGUGAAGGCUUUGCUCGAUAAGGGCGCAGAUCUGGACAGCAGAGACGAUGAGGGUUACAGUAUCUUACACUGUGCGACGGAGUCUGGUCACAUGGAGCUGGUGGAGCUGCUGCUGAAAAAGGGCGUCGAUGUGAACGCUCGGAGCAAAAGAGGCGUUACGCCGCUGCAAAUUGCGGCUUCGCUGCACUAUUCCGGCAUAGUCCGCUUGCUGCAGGUAGGCGGAGCCGCUAAAGAAAAUAUCAGUAUUAUCAGUAGCACAAAGUCUGAAACCUUCCGCCAUUACGAGAUGCCGCCGCUUCCUGCUAAGAAAAUCUCCCGCCGCCUUCAGGGGGUUAAAAAGCCACCAGCUUUGUCUGUGCAGUAUGGGAGAACGGCCGUCGCAUGAUUUGGAUUCCAUUGCUAGGGUUUCCUUCAUUUGCUUUGUCUAUAUUUAGAGGGUAGGAGUAGAAGGUGUAGUUAGGGUUUCAAUUUGGAUUAUGUGUAGUUCAUUCUUUUGAAGUAUCAGAUUUCAAGUGCUAACUGAAACGCCCUGACUAGGGAUCGGGAAGGCAGAGAAUGUAUCUGUCAAAAUUUGCAGGAGCCUCUGCAACCUUUCCAAAUGUCUGAGAGUAUUUUGAGUCUUUCAUCUCUUUGUUUAAACGGUGUCAAAUCUUGUACACUGUAUAAUAUUUGUUUUGUAAGGAAUUAAAUAUAUCUUAGUAAAUUUUUCUUCUCCUUGACGAAUA